AUGAUAAAAUGUAGGCAUAAAGCCGACCAACGCUUCUCAGGUUAUGCUGCACUCGUCCGUCACGCCAAAUGCCAAGCCUUCACAAGUAAACACUUCGAGCCCGACUUUGGGGCUAUGGACCCGGAUUCCCAACCACCAGACCACUUCCAUGCCAGCCUCGUAUCACCAGUGCUGUGUGCGAGUCCGCGUCCCUUGGUCGAAGAUGAUGCUACCAGUCGUUGGGAUGAUGGCAUUCUACUUCUUUGCGAGCUUUGGGGAGUCUCAUGGCUCCAUUUCAUGGCUCAGAACUGUCCGGUCCUCACGUCAAUCACAUUGGGCAGUGGCUUGUGGAUUGACACCCUCAACUUUCAUCACUUUGUCAAGAACGCACAGCAUCUCACGUCCGUCUCGCUUGGCAGCGCCAAUGAGCACCUCCUUGUCAACGCCCUUGCACCUUGCCUCAAGAGUGUCAAGGUAACCAUCGACGCUGACUGGGAAGAGUAUGCCAUUGUUCUGAGACAGCUCUCGAAAAUGCAUGCACUAGAGCACCUGGAGCUCACUAUUUGGGAUGUGCUGCUGACUGGCAGCGUCAUGCUCAAGUUUAGAGCCCUGACCAGACUCGAGUCAUUCAAAGUUUACACAAAGGGUAGCUAUGCUCUUACUAGAUGCAGUACGACCGCAGGGGAGCUGGCAGGGAUGAUCCAGGCAAUGCCCUCUCUUGGAAGGUUUGAGAUUUUGAUCGACUGCGAAUUCAUGGAGAGUCAAAGGGAGUUAUUCUGUCGCCAGCAGUAUCUCAACUACUUGCACGAGCUAGCCGAAGAUGAUCACGCUAACGCUGUCGCUGUCUCUGUCACCACUUGA